GCGCCGACCAAGUAAUACAGUGGAGGAAUCCAAACUAGCCUUACGAUUUACGAACGACUUACGACUGCUCCAGACCGCAUUGUGAGAUCCGCCUUGAGCUGUCAAAUCACUCAAAUCUCACCAAAUCCCUCCUGUCUUUCCUAUUUCGCAUCAUAUAUCCUCUCGCCAUGCCCAUGAGCUAGAGUCGUGCGUCCCAGGCCAUCAGUGUGUAGAUGGUCCCGCCAUACUCACAUCGUCGCAAUGCCUCUCAAAGGCCUCAAGUCCAACCGCAGUCGUCCGGAUCUGGGACGGCGAAGCACACUGGACCCCUCGGAGCUCUUCCAGAAUACCCGUAAUGCUCGAUCGGCGACUUCCCUCGACGCACCCGACUUCCGUUCGAGGGCUUCAUCCCACGAUGCCCGCCCCGAGCAGUCAAUCAACGCCUUUAAAAGGAUGUCCGCCUUUGUGGAACCACCUCCUUCGCCUCCCAUUCAAGAACCCACAGCGAAUACACGAAGGUUCAGUAUACUUCGAUUCCGAAAUGCGUCCGACAGCCAGUUGUCAAUGAGGGCUAGAGAACACCAGCGCGCCGAGAUAGGGAAACAGGCCGUCCCUCCUGUUCCAACCAUUCCAACCGAUGUGAAUGCGGAUACUCCUUCGAUUGUCAUGACUGCGCCGUCUCCAAGCCCCCCGAUCCCUCCACCGCCAGCGAAGAAGCAAAAACUUCGAUUGUCCCCCAAAUCGAAGCCCAACUUAUUCGCACCACAAUUAGAUCGGGAAGAAGGCAGGAAAUCUAUGGACGACAGGUCGCGGAGACGAUUCUUUGGCAGUAUGCGAGGUUCCAAAGGUGCGGGGCCCAUUAUAGAAUCCAAUCACAUUGAGAACGGCGGAGAUGGUUCGUCAGUCGCGGAGGGCAGCGAAAUAGACCCCGUCCAUCUGGCACCUCCGACGCCUGCACCGGCCGACGAUGGGACCGGUGACAAACAGGCGGGAUCAAAGAAGGUGCUAAAUCGCGGUCGCUCCUCGAAGUUUGCAGGCAACCGAAUGUCCAAAGUCUUCUUGCCUCGCCGAAGUAGAAGUCGGACAAGGGUGCAGCCCGUCCCUGUCACGAUCGAGCCGCCACCUGACGACAAAGACUUAUCCAACACAGCUGUCGCAAGCCCUCGGCCUUCGACGAGCGCCAGGAGUUACAUGUCCUCUAAUGGAUACUCCGACUCUGCUCAAGCCGACCAUUGCGACCCUACUAAAUCCCCUCCUGCUGUGCAUGGCGACCAUGGAGCCGCAAAUUUCCCCUCCUCGCCAGCAACCCUCGCUGCAACUUCUGUGAUCUACGCCGCCCCGGGCGCCUUUCUGCGUAACGAUUCCAUACAAUCCGCACGAUCCUCCCCGACCCUGAUUCCUCCGCAUUUCCACCGACUCCGCCAGCGCUCGUCCACCAUGGGAUCGACUCGGGCUGCGUCAGAGGAUGGCACCCCUCCGACCCCGCUAUUCCCACAUGGCGGAGGCAAUGCCGGCAGCGGACGAACGUCCACGUCCACUGCUGGUAGGAACAGCUUUAGCAACCUUUUCGGCUUAAGCCAGCGGUUCCGCCAAGGUUCCGAACCGCAAUCCCCUGCUCAUGGAUCCUUGAUGCACCGAAGCGAGACGAGUACCGGAUUCGCAUCACAUGGGAAUUCGUUCAGUAUCAGUCGUGAAACCCUUCCCUUGCCGGACAGGGAGGAGGGAGAGUCCGCUGUCAAAUACCUGGAGCGAGUCGAGAAAGUUAUUGACUUCCGAGAUAUCGCGAGUAUCAUUUCGAAGAAAAGCGACGACUUCUCGCUUGCCGUGAUGCGGAGUUUCAUGCGGAAGUUUGCUUUCUUUGGCGAGCCUUUGGAUAUGUCGGUUCGUAAGCUGUUGAUGCAGGUUGAUCUUCCAAAAGAAACGCAACAGAUCGAUCGAAUGUUGCAGGGGUUUUCUGAUCGUUACCAUGAGUGCAACCCGGGGAUAUUUGUUUCAGCUGAAAAGGCAUACUUCAUAUCCUUCUCGAUCCUGAUCCUUCAGACCGAUGCUUUCAACAGAAAUAACAAACGGAAGAUGUCUCGUGUGGACUACUUGAAGAACUCAUCGAUAGAAGGAGUGUCGAAUGAUGUACUUGGAUGUUUCUAUGACAAUAUCGUCUAUACACCGUUCAUUCGAGUCGAAGACGACGAAGAUAUCAAACAACUCCACUCGAAGAAGAAGAAAAACGUCGCCAAGAGUGUUAUCGCGGAACCAAUAAAGAGGACAACAAACCAGCCUAUCGAUCCUUAUACCCUCAUUCUCGAAACCCGCCUCGACACGAUUCGACCUGCGAUUAAGGAAGUCCUGGGCUUGGAUGACCCUUUCGCAUACACACAGAACUUCGACGUGAAAAAGCUACUGAAAAGCUCCAAGACCGGAGUUAUUCAGAUUGAAUCGUUAAGAUCUCGGCCUGAUGCGUUCAUGUCGCCAUCUACCAUCGAUAAUCCCGAAGACGCCCAAGUCGGUGUCGUGGAUCUGCCUGUCGACAAAGUCGGCAUUCUCUGGCGGAAGGAUCCGAAGAAGAAGACGGCUCGUUCCCCCUGGCAGGAAUGGGGAGCCAUCCUCACCGGAUCCGGCUUAUGCUUCUUCAAGAACGUCGGAUGGGUGAAAGGCUUGAUGCACCAAUACGACGCUCAUAUCAGGCAAGGAAAUGCAGGAGCUUCGGUGACAUUCCGUCCCAGGCUACAGAGCUUCAAACCGGACUAUAUGGUUUCGACUGAGCAAGGUGUUGCGUUGUUGGACACCAGUUACCGGAAACACAAGAACGCUUUCCUUAUCGUGCAUCAAAAUUCUGCCGAAGAAGUCUUCCUUGCCGACAGCGAAGUGGAUCUAAACGACUGGAUGGCGAAGCUAAACCAUCACGCUGCGUUCAGGACGGCCAAAAUCCGCCAAAAGGGAUUGGUGGGUGGCCACUACGAAGGACAGCGACAGAGGGCUCUGCGACGCCUCGACUCGGGUACAAACGCACAGUCUGUGCAAACAGCAACCGGCGAGGUGACGAUAUCAAGCGGCAGGAUCGACCACAAUCUGGCAUUGCAGAUCAGCCAGGCGCGACAAACUGAUAUGCAGAAAAAGAUCGCUGAGGCGGAAGAUCAAUUGAACCACGCAAUCAAGCGAAUCGACGACCACUUGAGGGAUGCAAGACAUCUGAUGAUCCUGGCUCCGAUUCAGCCGAAGACUAGGGACCAGCUGGUCCACAGCGCUGGGCGGAUUGCGGCGCAACUUAAAUGGUCACGUUAUGAAAUGUGGCGCUUGAAGUGCCAUCGAGAUAUUCUGGUCGCCGCGCUUGAGGAGGAAAAGACAAUCACCAGCGAUGCCGCAUCGAGGCUAGAACGGUCGGCCAAACACUCCUUGGAUCUGUCAUCAUUGACCCCGGUCAUUUCCAGGUCUUCAAAUAAGUCUUUGCCUACACCUUUGAACGGCGCUCAAUCAGAUGUGAACGGAGCGCAUAUCUCGGAGGAGCCGCAGUCCCCUGUGGUGUCUACUCGGCCCGAGACUCAAUCUUCAAUGAUCUCGUCCACGGAUGCAGAAGCAGAGGACGACUUCCGCACCCCUCCCGAGAACACCCCACAACGCAGUCCGGCAUUCCAUCGUGGAUCCCUCGGCCCUCUUACCAUUUCCACUCAGGCAAAUCGUCGCAGCUCCGCUGUCAGUGGCUCAGGCAGCCCAGCGCAUCGCGAUUCGUCCUACAUGGGCCCCGAAUCACCCCGAUUAUCCACCUAUCUCACUCCAACGCUUGGGGACAACGAAGCUGAGCAACUGCGCGAAUCCGACCCGACUCAGCCUUUCGAUGGCCGCCAAGACACCGCGAGCGAGUCAGAAGUCGACUUGUCCUUCAUCGCCGGGAGUCCCGACUCCAAGUCUAAGGUUCGACGCAGUCUCCACCGGUCCCUCCGCGAGCCACGCGACAUCAGGUCAUCCCAGAGACACCGCAAAGCGAAAGAUUCCGUUUCUAGCGUCACCGCUGCAGACAACGCACCGGCUAGCGAGACCGAAGGCCUUACACGAGCAUCAGGGAGUUUCACCGUGCAUGGCAAGAAAGCAAGCGUCAUUACAUUCGGGUCGGAAUGGGCGAACAUGUCCGCCGAAGAGCGGCUGCGCUCGCGGAAGCAGGCAACCACGUCGCUACCGGGUCAAGGCGCAUCUGCUUCAACCGACCCUGGCGAUGAAACAGGCGGUUCGGUGGAGAAGGGGCGCUCGGAUUCCAUCGCGAGCUCCAGCACCCGAAAUACAUUCCAAGGAACCCCGAAAGGGCGAUUAGGAAGUGUGGGUGACGCUGAUAAGGCGUCGUCGGAUGGAUUCAAGACGCCUAGCACAAUCCGCGAAAGGAGAAUAGCAAGGAAAGGAUCGACUUCUCGGUCUGCGGAGAGCCCGGCAGCCUCGCUGAAACAGGCGGCCGGGUCGACGAACGGUGAGCAAUUGAAGGGAGAUGAUAUCGUCACAGAAAAGAGUGAGAGUGAGGAUGACGGCACGACGGGGAUCGGGGCGGAUCGCAUUGAUCGCGGUAUCACGCCGCUUCAGCGGCCCGUCGAAGCAUGAAAAUAAAGAGGGCGUUUGGAUCACAGUUUCAUCUGAUCAGGGAAAGCAACGCUCUACUGGAUAGAGCAAACUGCCAACAUGGAGUCACUAUGAGAAUUGUCGGAGUGCUUCAAUGCACAUCACCAU